CAGAGGAAUACCCGGUUAGCUUCUCUGGCCUGCUCUCGUGGACAGAGAUGGACGCCUUAGCCUGUGCUUUUUCUCAACUGCGGAUAAGAGAAGACGAACUGAGCCUGGCCGCGGACAACGUGGGCUCUUCGGACAUGCCCCCUGACGUCUACGAGGGAGGUCUGGGGGCCCGAAGGCCACCGUGCUUCAGCCCGCCCGGAAGCAAACCCAAGAACUUCCGCCUGCGGCACCUGCGCGGGCUGGAUUCCUACCUGCCCAGUGACCUUCGGCCCGCCGGCCAGUGUGAAAGCCACUGGCUGUGGAGGCUCCUGAGCGGAGCUUGUCCCCCGCUCCCUCAGGUGCCACCCGGGGCCGGGGCCGGAACACUUCAGACUCUUUUCCCGGAAAGCCCAACGUGCCCUAAGCCAGCCUUUCCGGCCCUCCCUGAGUCUGCGGACAGCCCCGGGACUAGUCGCCAGCAGAACAGCUUGGACUCGGGAGACUUCACCAGAACUCUGCCGAACAAACCCUGAACCUCCGGUUUCAGUUAAUACUGAACAGUGCUGAAUGCUUUUUCCCCUGGCAUCACGCCUAUAAUCCCAUGAGCUCCACGGAGGGUGGGUGAUGAGAGGUCAGGGGAACGUGUUAUUUAGGUUGAGUCCCCUAAUAAACAAAAAA